UGACAAUGGAUAAUGUAUGUUUUUAUUACAAUUACAGGUUAAGGGGAGGCUAGGCUAGAAGCGAAGAAGCUUUGCUCAAACGUCCAAAUCUUGGCUGGUGACUGGUGUCGAGUAUCUUCUACAAUCUUUAGAUUGCUUUUUAGGGUUACCAAAGUAGGAGACUAUCUAAUAUUAAUGCCAUCUUCUAUCCUGUUCUCGAAGCUUCAUUGACAUCCGAUACGACCUCGCAUUUCUUCAAUCCAGUUCGGGGGACCCAACCCCAACUGAUCAAAGAACUAAUAGCUUCUCCCUUUUUUUUCUAUUAUUAUCUUUGGUUUCACUACUGAGAUAGUGAAAAUUUAGUUUAUUAAAGUUUUCUUAGAGAGAAAUAAAGAGAUGGGCAAAUCCGGAGGGAGGAGAAAAAAGGGUGGUGGCGCGGUAACAGGAGAUGUAUCGGCAUCUUCUGCAAACGGUGGUGUUGAUUUCGAUUCCUCUAUCUUUUUGAAACGAGCCCACGAACUCAAAGAAGAAGGGAACAGGCGAUUUCAGACCAAGGAUUAUGCGGGUGCUCUUCAACAGUAUGAUAACGCUCUUCGCCUUACUCCUAAGUCUCACCCAGACCGUGCCGUCUUUCAUAGCAACCGUGCCGCUUGCUUGAUGCAGAUGAAGCCCGUUGACUACGAAAUGGUCAUCGCUGAGUGCUCUCUUGCACUUCAGGUCCAGCCCCGAUUUGGCCGAGCCCUCCUCCGUCGUGCCCGUGCUUUCGAGGCUCUCGGUAAGUAUGAAGUGGCGAUGCAGGAUGUUCAAUCACUGUUGGCUGCUGAUCCUAAUCAUCGAGAUGCUUUGGAGAUUGCCCGUCGGUUGCGUAUUGCGCUUGGGCCUCGGCAGGAGGCCCAGCAGGAUCUCCGGAGCCGUCCCUCCCCCGCUGCCCUUGGAGCUUCUGCCGUACGCGGAGCCCCAAUUGUUGGCUUGGGCCCCUGUUUGCCGGCCCGGCCGGUACCUAAGAAGACCUCCGCUUCAGGGGCAGCUCCUGGUGCCGGUACCGUGGCGUUACCUAAUAGUAAGGGCGAGAAGACCCAACAACUUCACGGUGAAGAUGUUCCUGAGCUAAAAUCUGUUUCAAAACCUUCCAAGGGUUCUUCCGAGGAACCCACUUCUUGUCCUAUUAAGGAUAACAACAAGAACCGCUUAUCUUCAUCUUCAUUAUCUCUGCCUGUUCUUGGGCAGUCUCCGGGCUCAGCUGCCACUCGGUGGAGGCCAUUGAAACUUGUUUAUGAUCAUGAUAUCAGGUUGGCCCAAAUGCCUGCGCAUUGCAGUUUUACAGUGUUGAGGGAGAUUGUUGGCAAAAGGUUUCCCUCAUCCAAAUCAAUUCUCAUCAAGUAUAAGGACAAUGAUAGUGAUUUAGUGACCAUCACCUGUACUGAUGAACUCAGAUUGGCAGAGUCCUGUGUAGACGGCCUUAUUCAAAAGGAGACUAAUUCGGAGAAAACUGAUACAUUGGGGAUGCUGAGGUUGCAUAUUGUCGAGGUAAGUGCUGAGCAAGAGCCAGCUCUGGUGGAAGAUAAUGAAGAGAAGCCCUUAGAGGAUGAGAUGGUCAAGGGAGAUGAGGGUUGUUCUCUGUCUUCAGCUGGUGAUUCUGUGUUAGAUGUGGUGGAUACUGAGAUUGUAAAGACCGAGGAAGAAGCUCCAAAGGAGAAAUCUGGAGUUGCAGAUGAUACCGAGUAUAAGGAGGUUGAGAUAGAUGAUUGGUUAUUUGAAUUUGCUCAGCUAUUUCGGACCCAUGUUGGUAUUGACCCGGAUGCCCACAUUGACCUACAUGAGCUCGGGAUGGAACUCUGUUCUGAGGCUCUUGAGGAGACUGUGACAGGCGAAGAAGCACAAAGUCUCUUUGACAUGGCUGCUUCCAAGUUUCAGGAGGUGGCUGCCCUAGCUUUCUUCAAUUGGGGAAAUGUUCAUAUGUGUGCAGCAAGAAAAAAGAUUCCUUUGGAUGACUCUGCAUCAAAGGAGUUAAUGACAGCCCAGCUCCAAGCGGCUUAUGACUGGGUAUGGGGGAAAUAUUCUCUGGCUGGAGAGAAGUAUGAAGAGGCACUAAGAAUCAAGCCAGACUUCUAUGAGGGGUUGCUUGCACUAGGACAACAACAUUUUGAAACUGCAAAGCUGAAGUGGUCAUUUGCUGUUGCAAGUAAGCUUGAUCUUUCAAGCUGGGACCAUACAGAGACGAUUAAACUCUUUGAUAGUGCAGAAGAGAAGAUGAAUGCUGCAACUGAGAUGUGGGAGAAGUUCGAGGAACAAAGGUCUAAGGAGCUUAAAGAGCCAGGUGCAAGCAAAAAGGAAGACCUGUUAAAAAGAAAGAAGAAACAGGGAACAGGUACAGAUGGUGUUCCCUCUGGAAAUGGGGGUCAUGAGGAGGUUUCAUCUGAUGAAGCAGCAGUAAUGAAAUCCCAGAUACAUCUGUUCUGGGGUAACAUGCUUUUUGAGCGUUCACAAGUUGAAUUCAAACUAGGUUUUGAUGGCUGGAAGAAGAAUCUGGAUGCUGCUAUUGAAAGGUUUAAGCUUGCUGGAGCUUCUGAGGCAGAUAUUUCUGUAGUACUGAAGAACCAUCCCUCCAAUAGUGAUAGGGUAGAAGAGUUGGUAAAAAAUGCUUCUAAUCUAAGCAGUGAUCCUAAUACUGAAAUAUUACAAAGAUGAAGUCAAUAAUCAAUCAGAAAGGUGAUUUGAGAUGAUUGAUUCUACAUGCUUGGUUGUUUCAGAGAAUAACCCUGAUUGUGCAUUCCUUAUUCUUGUUUUCAUGAUUCUGGACUGGAGAUAGAAGGAGCUUUUCCAUAUUUUGUCAGCUUCAGCCAAGUCUGGGUAAUUGGGCUGUCAUUCUUUCUUAAGAGUUGGGUGACAAUGGGGUACACAUGUUUCCACCAAAAGUUUUUGUGUUUUGAGUUCUAUAUGGCUUUGAGGUGAUUUUGUUCUAAGCUUUUAUUCAGAUGUUUUUAUUUCAUGACUUCCGUGUGCUUAUGUCCCCAAUUAUUUGGCUAUGCAAGUCAUCUUAAAUUUGGAGCUGUUUAUCAAAGUAUUCAUGACCAUUUUGUACUAGGUGCCUUAUUUUGUUGGGAGUUAUGCCGCAUUUUGCUUCUGAAUGGAAUGCUGACUUUUAA